AUGGCCGGCUGCCACAACGUCAUGCUGCUGCUGGACGCGGCGGGCGGCGCGGCGGACGCGGGCCGGCUGCGGCGCACCGCGCUGCGCCUCCUGGCCUACCUCGGCGGCCGCUCGGGGCUGGCGCGGCUGCGCUGGGCCUUCCGGCUCUUCGACUCGCGGGGCGCGCGCGGCCGGCCGACGCGCGGGGCCGACUUCCGCGAGCUGCGGGCCGGCGCCUGGCAGGCCCUGGAGGCCGAGCUGGAGGCGCGCGCCGCGGCCGCCCCGCCGCCGGGCCCCGCGCCGCGGGCGGCGCUCACGCAGCGCGCGCUGCUCGAGGCGCUGCUCGACUACCAGUGGGACCGGCCCGAGAUCGCGUCCCCCGCCAAGACGCCGCGGCGGCGGCGCGGCCGGCGGCUGCUGGACGCCGAGGCCGAGGAGGCGGCGCGCGCGGGCCCCGGCCACGCCGUGUUCCUGCUGGCGCCGUGCCCGCGCUCGCGCCGCGACCUGCUGCGCUUCGCCGGCGAGGCGCCCGGCGCGGACCAGCUGCUGCCCAAGCGGCUGCAGGACGGGCUGCUCGCGCGCGGCAUCGCCCUGUGCUGGGUGGACGUCGGCGAGCCCGCGCCGCCGUGGGACUCCCCGGACCACGUCGGAUACCGGACGGUGUGUGAACUGCUGCAGCACGUCGGAGGCACUGUGAUUCCCUCCGAAGCGUUCAGCCAGGACUUUGCUAGAACCCAGCAGGUGCUGCUCCGGACUGGGAGCAAGCCCCUGAGAGAGCACUGUCACCCUUGCUGGAUUUCCGCUCUGCCGACUGACUCCACUCUGAACCGUUUGCUCUGCCCUUCUGAGUGCGAGGCCUCCUUCCCUGGCACGGAAGGAACAUUAUUUCUCCCGGUUGAAGGCAAAGGGAGCUACAAAACCUGGACAGUCACCCUGGAACCCUUGACCAUGCAUCAGAGACAUUUCCCAAAGCCAGUUCGGAUUUUCCUUCAAGGCCCAGUGGUCCAGUGGUCCCCUCCGAUGAGCGACACUGUGGCCACUGAGAACUGGAUGCUCCACGGUCCUGAGGAGGAUUUGCUGGCCUCAGGGGUGUCAUUUCAGCAUCUGGUGAGCAGAUUGACUGCAGAAGAGUUACACCUGGUUGCCAGUGUGGACCUUGAGGAAGGCUGGCCCCCCGUCACUGGAGUUCUUUCUCCUCUCUCCGCCAAUGCUGCAGUUUUAACUGUGUUCCGCAUGGCAGGGGCUGAAGUUCAGAGACAUUUCCUCCAUGCGGCCGAAACAGAGAGCCCCCGGGAUGCAGAUCCUCUUCUCACUAGUGUUCUGAAUGCUGUGCUGACUCAGAUGGACAACUCCCCUGAGGACCCUGCUGAUCCAGCCCCCGUGCCACAGUGGGUGCAGCAGGAACUUGGCCGCACCGCUCCCUGGAGUGCGGCCGUGGUGGAGAAGUGGUUUCCUCGUUCUAACUUCAGUGGCGCCAGUGCAAAUUUAAUGGAGUCGUUUUGGUUACUGCAUGCUGCCUCAUCUAAUAAAGAAGAGUCUUCCAGAACUGAAAGUGAAUUGACACAAAGUCUCUCGGAGCUCUACCAGAGGAAGGCUCGUGAGGAAUCCGCCGUGUCCAACCAAGAAGAGAGCAGAAAGAAACGCGGCGUGCCUCGCACCCCUGUGAGGCAGAAGAUGAAUACCAUGUGCCGUUCCCUGAAGAUGCUGAAUGUGGCCAGGCUUAACGUGAAGGCUCAGAAGUUGAACCCAGACAGCAGUCCAGAUGCAGCGGGGGAGAAGGGCCUCCAGAGAGCAGCAGGAGGCAGAGCAGAGCGACCAGAAAACCGAGGAAGGACGCUCAGGAGUUCUAAACCAAAAGAUAUAAAAACUGAAGAGGCCCUGCUCUCUUACAUACAUGAAAGCUACCGAAAGACCGUGGCUGCAGGGGAAGCUGGGCUGUACUCGUGUGCUCAGAACAUUGUCUCCACCGUUCAAGCGUUCCUAAAGUCCAAAGGCACCAAGGACUUUGAAAUUAGCUGCCUGAAUCAGAUAAGAAAUAACCUCUUUAAAACAAGCAAAAGUCUCCGAGAUAAUCUGGGGAAAGAACUGGAUAAGGAAGACAAAGUCAGAGAGUGCCAGCUGCAGGUGUUCCUUCGCUUGGAGCUGUGUCAGCAAUGCCCGUCACUGCGUGAAAGUGUGGGCGACCUGGAGCAGGUGGUGGAGGAGGCAACCGACUUGCUUCGUGCCGUGUGCCUCACUGAGGACUCUGCCUACCUAGCCAUGUUUCUGGAGGAAAUCUUGGGAUUGUAUAUCGGCUCCAUCCCAAAGAUGCUGGGAGACCUGUACAACAGCCUGGGCUUUGUGAUCCCUCCAAAGCUGGCCAGUGUCCUGCCUGCGGACUUUUUCAGUGAUGACUCCCUGUCUCAGGAGAGCAAGUCGCCUCUGCUCUCUGUGCCCCACCUGUCCAGUGCACCUCAGGUCACAGACUCUGACCAGCUCGAAGAACUUCGCACUAGAUCGGCUAAGAAGAGAAGGAAAAAUGCAUUAACAAGACAUAAAAGCAUUGCAGAAGUUUCACAAAAUCUUCGACAAAUUGAAAUUCCCAGAGUGUCUAAAAGGGCUGCCAAAAAUGAAAACUUUCUCCCCACGGUUCAGCAGCCAUCGCUCCUGGUGAAGGAGACUGUGCAAGAAGUGACCAAAGUGCGGAGAAACCUCUUUAACCAGCAAAUGACCUCGCCCUCAAAGAAAUCACUAAAGCGAGGGCUGCCGAGGAGCCAUUCUGUGUCUGCCGUGGAGGGAUUGGAGUACACUCAGGACAGCUCCAAGAGGUCCAGAGGGGUUCACCGGCUGCUGACCAAGAGUGUGGCGGAGACACCAGUGCACAAGCAGAUAUCCAGAAGGCUGCUCCACAGACAGAUCCAGGGCAGAUCCUCUGACCCGGGGCCUGAGAUCGACGUCGUUGAAGAAUCCCCAGUGAAGGGAGAUGACGAAGCAGGUCUGAGACGAAGUCCUCGAAUCAAGCAGCUGUCAUUAACCAGGACGCAUUCUGGCUCUUUCUACUCCCUGUCUCAGCCGAAGUCUCGAAGUGUGCAGAGAGUUCACUCGCUCCAGCAAGCCAAGUCAGACCAAAGAGAAGACUCCCCCGUCCAGCGUAUCCAGACUCCCAAAAGGCUCCUUUUUGGCGCGGUGAUGGAGAUGACCUAUCCCUCCGAGACGACGUCGGCCAGGAAAAAAAGGCCUUCCGGAGCCACGCCAGGAACCGAGAGUGCGUCCACUUACCAGACACCAAAGAAGAAUGCUCAGACUGCUUGCAGCUCUUCUAAAGCAACGCCUGGGAAGAUCCCUCGGACCCCACAGGCUCCCUUCUGCACCCCUGAGAGGCUGCAGGGACCCCCCUUAGAAACGACACCUGCCCGACGGGCGCAUUGUCGGGGGCGCUUAGCAGCCACCUCCCCCUGUGACUGGGACUCACCCUGUCCACAAGGCACUUUGCUUCGAGGGGGCUCCCUGGCAGGUGGGGCAUCCCCGAGAGAGGAGAGCCCGAGGAUAUGCUGCAGGCCAGCCAGCCGGACCCUUGAAUUCCUGGUGGAUUCUCCUCAGCACCCCCCAGUGGUUCCCGAGAGCCCCGUUCAGCUGCUAGGCGGGGUUCCGGGCUCUGUGGGGGUGCAGUCUCUGAGAGUCCCCCAUGGACAUCCCUGCCCCGACCUCUCACCGGAGAAGCCAGCGGGUCCCCCUCCACUCCACACAGAGACUCACAGCGAGCUCAUCCUGGGCUCAGCCCCCACACCCCCCCCCUCCAAACUUGGACAGAAACCCGGGAUGAUCGCCCUGGGGUGCACGCCCAGCCCUGCCGCCAGCCCGCCUGACCGCCGAGCACUGCCCCCUCCGGACAACUCUCCUGAAAGAUGGGGUUCCUCUGCGACCAGCCUCGGCAGGGACGUCUGCUCUCCUCUGCUCAGACCUGGUGACAUGCGAACUGUCCCUGUCCCAGAGCAGGCUAGUGGCCCCAUCCAUGGCAGCUCCGUCACAGACAUUCAGCCCAUGAGGGAAGGCAAGGGGUCCCGACGACCCGGUGUCUCCGAAGAACCUCUGCCUGACUCCGGGGUUCCUGUGUCCCCGCUGUCCUCGAGGCCCAGCUCUCCCUGGAUGCCGUCUUCCCUCAGCCUACCCUCGGCUGCCCCUCAGUUGGAGGGCCUGCCAGCUUGUACCCCACCCAUGCAGGCCCCUGCCAGCCCCCAGCCCUACAAGCUGGAGCUGGGCACGUCCACCAUGGAUCUUCCAAGACUGCGGAUCCAAAACAGAGACCCAAGCUCAGAGGCUGAGCCCCUGGACGGGAAGGGUCCCCUGCCUGGUGGGGGUGCACCCAGCACCAGGAAGUCUGCCAAUAAGCCUGAGACUGUGCACCCACCGGCACCCUGCCUCCGGCCCUCACACAGCACGCCCGGCAAGGGUGGCGGCCAGAUCUACAUCUGCCAGUCCUGUACCCCGACCCGCUGCCAUGCUGACCCCUCUCCGUUGCAGGCAGGCACAGGGGCUCCCUGGACCCCGUCACCAAAGCCCAGUGGGAAGGGCACGCCUGAGACCAUCCAGGACUGGCCCCGGAAGAAAAGAGCUGUGGACUGUGGGGUGGGCAGGGCCGAGGGUGGCCUGGACCCUGCUGGGGCUCUGCCCGGGCCCGAGUUCCAGGAGCCAGGCGUCGAGCUCCACCCUUGCCACAAGGACCCCCCUCUCUUGGGGGAUUUUGAGCUUGAGGGGGUGUGCCAGCUGCCUGAGCUGUCCCCUCCCUGGACUGACGGGCCUGCCCCUGAGGAUGCCCCCUGGGGACAGCUGGGCACAGGGGCCAGGAAGAGACUCCUCUCCCCGCAGGAGGAAACCAAGUCUCAGGCCAAGAGGGCGUGUGAGCUGCUGCAAGGAGACGGGGUGCCCCAGAGGAAUGAAGAGGGGUCCCCAGGACUCCGGCAGCCGCUGCCCUCCCCUGAUGAUGACAGUGUAUUUGUCUCAGGGCCCGCCCUGUCCCCCGUCUCUGCCAGGCGGAGCUGCCUCUCUGCCAGCAGCCUCCAGGCCCUGACGCAGUCCCCGCUGCUGUUCCAGGGCAGAAUGCCCUCCACACCAGCUGCCAACACCAGAGGGGAUGACGGGGAUGCCAUUCUCCCCAUGGCUGAGGAAUCCCCCUUCAGCCGAGCACUGACCAGGAGGUGCCCUGUCAGGACAUACACGCGGAAGAAGCUGCUGAGCUAGGAAGAACCCCAGGACUCGACUAUCACACCCUUGAACUGCCCAGCCGUGUCCCCAGACACCCUGGAGGGUGCCUGACCAGAGGCCCAAAAACGCACUUCCCCUGGGCAGGGCUGCGCUGGGAGGCCAGACACGGGGACCCAGAGUGCCCAAAGAGGAUGAGGUACCGGGUCCCAAGCCUGUGACCUUUAUAGCUCCCUGGCCAGGGAAGGGGUCGGGCUGGGUAUACCCUGGGCAUCAGGGGCCUGACAGCUGAAGACCAGGAACCCC